AUGUCUUCCAAGUCCGAUAACUACCAGGUUCUCCUAAAGUUUGGAGAUCAUGAAUAUGUCACCCUCAAGGUGUACGAAACUAGCAACCUCCAGUCACGGAACGAAAUCAAGGUGCUGCAACACCUCUCAUCCAUCGCCUCGAAUCACCCCGGCCGCAAGCUCGUUCGUUUAGCCCUAGACUCGUUCGAGCUGCAGGGCAGGAAUGGCCCUCAUUGUACUCGUGCAUCGCACAGUGUCCUAAAGCCCAUCGUUUACGGCAUGCGUGCGGGUCUCGACUCCCUUCAUCCCAAUGUCCACGUCGUUCGUACAGACGUGCAAGCGGGCAACAUCAUCCUCUCGACUGGCGGAGACCCAAGCCUUCCGGACGGAGCGUGGACGCAUAUUGGUUUCUCCGAAUCCCUGCAAGGUGCGCGGAGGGUAUGUGAUUCACUACAGAUUCAGUCGUGCCAGCGUUGGCAGAUCGGGCCCAUCCCAAUCAUUUCGGAUUUCGGAGACGCUCAGUUCGGCGAGUCGGCGUUCUACGCAGACGUAGUGCCUGACCUCUACCGGGCUCCCGAGUUGCUUCUGGGCAUACCGUGGGACAACAAGAUUGACAUCUGGCCCUUUGGUCUCAUGAUGUGGACUCUUUACGAAGGAGAGAAUCUUUUAACAAGAGCCUGCCGAGUCGGAGAGAAUCAUAGCCCGCACAUUUGGCCAGGAUGAUCUCGCUCCUCGAGCCACCCCCUCUGCAUCUGCUUGAUCGGGGAAGUUGGG